UCUCUCCCCCUCUCUCUCUCUCUCUCUCUCCCUCUCUAUAUAUACACACUAAUGUCCCUUCCAACAAUAUGAGAAUUUAAAGCACUAUGGAUGCUAUAACAAACACAUUUGCUCUCUCAUGUGCUAUAGUAGUUGUACUAUGUGCAUGGAAGAUUGUAAACAUGAUAUGGGUGAGACCAAAGAAGCUAGAGAAAUUUCUGAAGAAUCAAGGUUUCAAAGGAAACAAAUACAGGUUUUUGUUUGGGGACAUGAAAGAAUUGUCUAUGAUGUUUCAACAAUCCAAAUCUAACUCUAAGCAUAUCGAUAUCGAUGAUGGAGAUGAAGUUCUAUCACACGUUGUCGGUUUCCCCCUUCAAUCUCUGAAAAAACAUGGAAGAAGCUACAUCACGUGGAUGGGAUGGAAGCCAAGAGUGACUAUUAUGGACCCAGAACUCAUCAAAGAUGUGUUAACAAAGAUUAAUGACUUCCAAAAGCUAAAAAGCAAUCCCUUUGUUAUGUUACUAGCGUCAGGAAUAGUGACCUUGGAAGGGGAUAAGUGGGCCAAACAUAGAAAACUAAUGAACCCUGCUUUCCAUAUGGAGAAGCUAAAGAAUAUGGUUUCUGCUUUCCACUUGAGUUGUGAUGAAAUGAUUGGGAAGUGGGAGAACUUUGUUUCGUCAAACGGAUCUUCCGAGUUGGACGUUUGGCCUCAUCUUCAAACUUUAACCAGUGAUGUGAUAUCAAGAACCGCGUUUGGAAGUAGUUAUGAAGAAGGAAUUCAUAUAUUUGAACUUAUAAGAGAACAAAGUGAACUUGCAAUGGAGGCAUUGCAGUCGCUUUACAUCCCUGGAUCUAGGUUUCUUCCAACAAAGAGGAACAGGAGGAUGCAAGCAAUAGAUAAAGAAGUAAAAUGGUCUAUAAGAAGUAUUAUCGACAAGAGACUCAAGGCAAUGAAGGCGGGUGAAGGUAACUAUCAUGAUUUGCUGGGAAUAAUGCUGGAAUCUAACAUCAAAGAGGUCGAGCAAUAUCAAAACAAGACUCAUGGAAUGACCAUCGAUGAAGUUAUUGAAGAAUGCAAACUUUUUUACUUUGCUGGACAAGAAACAACAUCUAGCUUGAUUGUAUGGACAAUGAUAUUAUUGAGUAGACAUCAAGAAUGGCAGUCGCGUGCUAGAGAAGAGGUGUUGAAUGUUCUCGGGGACAAAGAUAAAGACAUAGACGUAGAUGGGCUAAAUCAUCUCAAAGUUGUGAAUAUGAUCUUCUACGAAGUAUUAAGGCUAUAUCCUCCUGUUACUGGACUUGCCCGCGGGGCUGCCAAGGAUAUCACACUAGGAAGAUUUACGCUACCAUCUGGACUUCAGAUUGGAUUGCCAAUCAUGCUAAUUCACUACGAUGAACAACUUUGGGGAAGCGAUGCCAAGAAAUUUAAUCCCGAAAGAUUUUCUGAAGGAAUCUCUAAGGCAACCAAAAACCAACUCAUUUACUUUCCCUUUAGUUGGGGACCUCGGAUCUGCAUUGGACAAAACUUUUCUUUGUUAGAAGCUAAACUUGCCAUUGCAAUGAUCUUACAAAGGUUCUCAUUUGAGUUAUCACCAUCCUAUGUCCAUUCUCCCAGCCUUGUUCUCACUCUUCAACCCCAAUAUGGCGCGCAUCUGAUUUUGCAUAAACUCUAGUCAUCUCUCUUUUUAAGAGUAUCACUAUUUCCGCGUUAUAUGAUACGCGUAUUACUAUUUUCGAGUUCUAUAAUACGCAUGACUAUGUAUUACUAAAGCUACUUUAUUAUGUAGAAACGUUUAUUAAUGUAUAUUGAUAUUAAAAAAGUUAGUUGCAUGAUAGGUUUUUA